AUGACUCCAUCUUGCCAAGUGCCAGGCUCCCAUAUCAAGCCUUGGGCUCGACCCAAGGCCUCAAAAUACUGUUUCAUCAACGCCAACGUGCUUGACAUGGAAGAUGGAGUGGUCUAUACAGACUCUUUGGUGAUCACUUGCAAUGGGAAAAUCCAGUCAGUGAGUAUACAUAGCUCGAAGUCUAUCCCAGUUGACGCAAAAGUGAUCGAUUGCCAAGGUCGCUUCCUCUGUCCGGGACUUUUUGAUGCUCACGUACAUCUUUGUGCCGUUCCUGGUUUCAACGACCUGUCCAAGGCAUUUGGAAACCCUAAUGAUGUUCACUUGCUUCGACAGCCCUACACAGCGGGACAAAUGCUGCACCGCGGAUUCACCAGCAUCCGUGAUUGCGGUGGGGCUCAAUUGGCCAUGAAAGAAGCCAUCGAAGACGGUGUUUUCCCCGGUCCCCGGAUGUUUAUAUCCGGUCAUGCCCUGUCUCAACAUGGUGGCCACGGAGAUCUUCGAGCCUCCCAUGACCAGAUCCAGUGCUGUGGCGGGACCCAUAACAACAACAGUCUAGGGCGCCUCUGCAAUGGCGUACCAGAGUGCAUGGCUGCUGUACGGGAGGAGAUCCGCUGUGGCGCCGACUUUAUCAAAAUCAUGGGCUCUGGAGGCGUUGCCUCGCCCACUGACAAGCUGGAGCAUCUUCAGUUCACAUCUGCUGAGAUCCAGGCAAUGGUGGAAUGUGCCGAGAAUGCCGGGACCUUUGUCACAGCUCAUGCAUAUACAGUCAAGGCUAUCCGGCACUGCAUCGACAAUGGCGUCAAGGGCAUUGAGCAUGGAAACUUUCUAGAUGCGUCAACGGCCAAGCUGAUGGCCGAGAAGAACGUCUAUCUCACUCCUACUCUCAUAGCAUACGCUCAAAUGGCGUCGGACCAGUGGAAGGGAUACUUGCCUCCAGAGUCACAAGCCAAGAAUUCUCAAGUCCUGACCUCGGGACUACAGGCUUUGAGGACUGCCGCAGAUGCAGGCGUCACAAUGUGUUAUGGCUCUGAUCUACUCGGCCCACUUGGCUCUGCGCAAACCGGAGAAUUUGCGCUUCGUGCAAAGGUCUUGACUCCACUUGAGGUGCUACGAAGCGCAACUAUCAAUCCAGCGAAGAUGAUGGGAUGUGGAGAUUCAAUUGGUCAGAUCAAAGAUGGAUUCGCAGCUGAUAUCCUUAUUUUGGCUGCGAAUCCUCUUGAGGAUGUCACGGUUUUCGAUGAUCCUGAGAAGUACGUCCUCGGCGUGAUGAAAGACGGUCGAGUUUAUAAGAGUCGCUGGAAUGAGCUUCCCGAGGACUGGGAGAUUCCUGUGCGAGUCAAGUACAACUAG